AUGGCCUUGGGGAUUUCUGCCGGAUAUCAGACCACAUCCACUAACGCGCUGCUAGUGGUAGCGGGGAUGCCCCCGAUCGAACUGAUAGUAGAAGAGAUGGUAAGAAGAGCCAAGAAGGAGAAAAGAUCGGUGGAGGAAGAGAGACAUGACACAGUGAAGAGGUGGCAGAGGCUAUGGAGUCAAAUCAAUAAAGGGAAAUGGACGGGGAAACUGAAACCAGAGGCGACACCAUGGUACUACAGAGACAAUGGACAGAAAAACCACUUCUUGACACAACUAACUACAGGCCCUGGGGAUUUCAACCAGUAUCUCCACAGAAUAGGGAAAAUUCCCAACGCAAUGGUCAGUGUGGAAGCGAAAUAG